AUGAGUGAAGAUACUAAAAUGGCUAGUUUUCUCUCUGAACCAUUGGCUCAAUGUGAUCCCGAAAUGUACGAGUUAGUCCGAAAGGAAAAACAACGACAGAUCCGUGGUUUGGAAAUGAUCGCAUCGGAAAAUUUUACAUCGCGCGGUGUUUUGGAAACACUCGGUUCAUGUUUAACAAAUAAAUAUAGUGAAGGUUAUCCCGGUGUUCGAUACUAUGGUGGUAAUGAAAUUAUUGAUCAAAUCGAAAGUUUAACUCAAAAGCGUGCAUUAACAGCAUUCGGUCUCAAAGAUGAUGAAUGGGGUGUCAAUGUUCAACCAUUAUCUGGUUGUCCAGCAAACUUUGCUGUUUAUUCAGCACUUCUCGAGCCUCAUAGCCGUAUAAUGGGUUUGGACUUACCCGAUGGCGGCCACCUUAGUCACGGCUAUGCGACACCGUCGAAAAAGAUUUCUUUCACUAGUGUCUACUUCGAAAACAUGCCAUAUAAAGUCAAUCCACAAACAGGCUUAAUUGAUUACGAAGAAUUAGCACGUACAGCAAAACUUUUUCGCCCAAAAAUUAUCAUUGCUGGUAUUUCAUGCUAUUCACGUAAUCUUGAAUACGAUAAAUUUCGACAAAUAUGCGAUGAUGUUGGUGCUAUUUUACUUGCUGAUAUGGCACAUGUCAGUGGUCUGGUGGCUGCCAAAGUUGUUGCUGAUCCAUUUCCGUAUGCAGAUAUCGUGACAACAACAACUCACAAAAGUCUUCGUGGACCAAGAGCGGCCAUGAUAUUUUACCGUAAAGGACCGAAACGACCACAGGUCGUCAAUAAAAGUGAUAAUUCAGUGCAAAUGUAUGAUUACGAGAAGAAAAUCAACGAAGCUAUCUUUCCCGGAUUGCAAGGUGGUCCACAUAACAAUGCGAUUGGCGCUAUCGGUGUUGCAUUGAAACAAGCUGCAUCUGAAGAGUUCAAAGCUUAUGCUCAACAAGUUGUUAAAAAUGCAAAACAACUCGUUCAAACAUUGAAAGAAAAAGGUUAUACAUUCGUCGCCGGUGGUACUGAUACACAUUUGGCUUUACUUGACUUACGUCCCAUUGGCCUUGAUGGUGCUAAAGUUGAACGUGUUUUAGAAGUUGUUUCCAUUGCCGUGAAUAAGAAUACAUGUCCAGGUGAUAAGUCGGCUUUGAAGCCAUCGGGCAUUCGUUUCGGUACACCAGCGUUAACAACACGAGGUUUCCGAGAAAAUGAUAUUGUUCGCGUAGCAGAAUUUAUUGACCGUGCUGUCAAAAUUGCUCAAGAGAUUAAUCAAAAUGAUUCAAAUCAAUUGCUCAAAGAUUUCAAAGCAAAUAUGAAACUUGAUCAACAUGCCAAAAAACUGGAUGAAUUAAAAGAAGAAAUCGAAAAUUUCGCAUCACAGUUUCCAAUGCCGGGUUAUGAAUCUAUCUAA